AUGAAAGUGUUUGUGAAUGGGAAAAUCUGGCAAUGGGCGGGCGAUAACUCCGUCGCUAAUGGGCCAUUUGCAGAGUGGAUGACUGUGUCGGAUGAUGGACGUUUUAUUGAUGUAGGCGUAGGUGAUUCUCCUCAUUCUGAUGACGUGGAGGACCUACACGGUGCAUUAGUAUUGCCAGGACUGCACGAUUCCCACAUUCAUGUGUCGAUGAUGGGCGAAAGCGCCGAGUGGCUCGAUCUUUCCGGCUGCAAUUCCUAUGAAGACUUUAUAGAUCUUCUAAGAAGAUAUAAUGCACACUAUUCUGAGAAAUCAUGGAUUGUGGGCUUUGGUUGGACACAGGAUGAACUCUCGAGCACUGCCAAGUAUCCAUCUCGAUACGAUAUUGAUGCAGUGAUUCCGGAUCGCCCCGUGAUUUUACAUCGAGCAUGUUGGCACAUUGCAGUCGUGAAUACAAAGGCUUUGGAGAUUGCAGGUGUCGAGGUGACUGCAAAGAAUCAUGAUGUCAAGCAUGGAACUAUCGAUGUGGAUGAGAAAGGAGUGACGGGUAUUUUAAGAGAAGAUGCCGUGCAGAUAGUGGAAAAGCACGCAAACGAGCCAUCCUUCGACGUGCGUGUGAAGUACUACAAGAACGCGCUAAAAAAGUGUGUGAGCUCGGGUUUGACUGCUGUUCACACGAACGAUGAGGAGGCGUGGUCUGUGUAUAGUAAACUGCAGGAAGAGGAAGGCCUUCCAGUUCGCGUGUACCUGACGCCGUCGAUCCACGAGUUAGGCAAGACUACGAUUCCUAAGGCUGGAGAUUGUGAUAGACUCAUAUCGUGCCACCGCAUAAAGAUUUUCAGUGAUGGCAGCCUUGGAGCGGAAACGGCAGCACUGCGGGCUCCGUACAAGGGUACAGACAACAGAGGGAUUCUCAUGAAUUCUGAUGAGGAACUCGUUACGAAAAUUAGCAAGGCGAAUAAUGCUGGAUAUCGUGUCGAAAUCCACGCAAUCGGUGAUCGUGCAGCGGAACAAGUACUGGCAGCUCUCAGAAUGGCUCAUGUUGGGCCGGAGAGACGUCCCAUUCUCACGCACUGCCAGAUCCUUGGCAACGACUUGAUUUAUCAAAUGCACGAGCAAGGUGUGAUUGGCAACAUUCAACCGUCAUUCACAUUGACUGACGCAGCCUAUGUGCGCAAGCGCUUGCAAGACGACGUUAUCCCGUUUUCGUAUUGUUGGAAGCGCAUGUUGGACGGCAAUGUUGUCUGUGCUGGAGGAAGUGACGGGCCCAUUGAGACAUGCAAUCCGUUCCAAGGCAUGUACGACGCCAUCUACCGCCACAAGCCGGACCGGCCCGAGGAGGUGUUUUUGCCGGAAGAGAAACUUUCGUUUAACGAAGCUCUUGCGUUGUACACGAAAGGUGGAGCAUUUGCAGCAAUGGAAGAGAAGACAUUGGGCCAAAUUGUUUCCGGCUUUUGUGCGGACUUUGUGGUGCUUCGCAAGGACGUGACGCAAGACCAUAGUGCAUUGGUGGCACCUGACCUUGUGAAAAGUGUCUGGGUGAAUGGAAAAAAGACAUACGAAUAUGAUCCUGGUAUAUCGGAAGACUCGCAAUAUGAUUUCAGCAAGAGUUUAUUGCCAGGCAAGAAUGGUUCUUUGUCCAUUUGUCGAUGCUGCCGGCAUUAA